AUGAGGAUGGAGUGGCACGAUCCACGGAUGGAGAAGAGACAGGUGCAACGGAGCGUGAGGUUGCAUCGGGAAUAUCACGCAUCUUCCGAAAGCAUCGAUCCUCGGUAUGCCCAUUUUGUUUACGUGAGUUACAAUAAAAACGUGAACCUCGGCGAGAAGAGGCACGUUGGGAGCCACGCACGUAACUACGGCGAGAACCACGUUGAGAACUACGCCGAGAAUAGCCAGAUUGAAAACCACGUUGAGAGGAGACAGAUUGAACACCACGCCGAGAGGAGCCAGACCGGAACUCGGGCUAUGGGGUGGCCAGGAUUGCAGAGGGAUCUAGAGAUGGAGGAGCACCAAGAAUUCCUCGUCUGCGGUAGGCAAGAGGGACAUCUGGUUAAAAAAAUCGUCGCCAAGGUCCUCAGUGAGCUGAAGAGGGCUUAUUUGGUGGUUAGUGACUUCUUAGUUGGUGUUGACGACAGCGUGAAAGAAGUUCUGGGAAUGAUAGGCACCGACACUGAUGACGUUAAAAUCUUGGGAAUCCACGGAAUGGGUGGCACCGGAAAAACUACUCUCGCCAAAAUAGUCUAUAAUAAACUUUGUGGGAAUUUUGAUAACUGUUGUUUCCUUGCGGAUGUCAGAGCAACUUCACGUGCAAAAGGGAUUGGGUUUUUGCAGACACGACUAAUCUCAUACCUCUCCAAAAAGGCACAUCCAAUCAUCAAUUCUAUGGACGAGGGAAUAAGAACGAUAGAACAGAGAUUUUCAGGAAAGAAGGUUCUUAUCCUUCUUGACGAUGUUGAUGAAAAGAGUGCAUUAACUGGACUUUUAGGAAGGCAAGGUUGCUUUGGUCUAGGAAGUCGGAUACUUAUAACAACAAGAAAUGUGCUUGUUUUAAUGGCAUUCAGAAUACAUUUUACUUAUUUAGUUCAUGGCUUGGAUCCUGAUAGAUCCCUUCAGCUGUUCAGCAGGCAUGCUUUUAGAAGAGAUUACCCUCCAAAUGAGAAAAUAGAGCAGUCUAGAGAAAUUGUGGAGUUAGCCCAAGGUCUUCCGUUGGCUCUAGAAGUUAUGGGUUCAACAUUAUAUGGCCAUAAAGGAGAAAUGUGGGAUGAAUACUUGGAUAAUUGUAAAAAAAGUGGCCCCGAGGAAAUUAGAAGUAAGUUGAUGAUAAGUUAUGACGUAUUAGAUCUCAAUCACAGACAAAUAUUUCUCAAUAUAGCUUGUCUUUUCGAUGGAUAUGAUAAGAGUGCAGUAAUAUACAUGUGGAGGGACUGUGGUUUAUACCCAACAGAAAGUCUUGAAGUUCUUCAGAUGAUGGCAUUAAUUAAAACUAGAGAAGAUAACAAGUUGUGGAUGCAUGAGCAACUCAAAGAUCUCGGCAAAGAAAUUGUAUUUCAAGAAAGUGGUGGGCAAUUAGAGAAGCAAAACAGGCUGUGGAAUCGCGAAGAUGCAUUGGACCUACUACGAAGGAAGAAGACUAAUGAAAAUCUCGAAGCCCUCAGUCUGAUGCUUAAGGAUUUGUCAGAGCAUCGUUUGGCUCUUGAAGGAUUUCCAGCGCUACCAAAUCUAAAGUUCCUUCAGGGAAUCAACUCCUUCCAAAUUUAA